GGCAAGUUGUUUCACCGUGGGACGAUAGCGAAAUAUAUUUCACGGUGUAUUAUUUUGAUUGAAUGAUAGAUAAAAGGAAAUGACAAAAGAUUUUAAAUAACUGUUUACAAUGGGAAAAGCUAAGAAUUUCUAUAUACACAGUUUAUUCAAGCUUUCGAAGCCUUCACGUCGUUUCAAGGCCUUAGGGCUCGUCCACAAAACUGCGAUGCGACGUCGCAUCGCAGUUUUGUGUACGAGCCUUUAUUUAUAUAAAUUCAUACUAGUUCUACUUAGGUCACAAUGUAGAACAACAUUAACGCUUUUUUUUUAGGGGGGAAAAUCAUCAAAUGUCUGCUUCCGCCUAGGUGAGGCGGGAGGGAGUGUCAGACUCUUACUGA